GAAGAGUCCUGUUUGCAAGGAGAGGGGCUAGCGCUCAGCAUGGCCCGGGGACCCUCGGCUCGGCUCCUGCUGGCGUGGGCGGCCCUGUCCUCCGUGGCGGGUGGCCAGGGCCACUGGGAUGGGGCAGUGCGGCCUGCAGGUGCGGGACGCGUGCGGAGGCGAGGCAGCCCCGGCAUCCUGCUGGGGCCGAACGUGUGCGGUUCCCGCUUCCACGCCUACUGCUGCCCCGGCUGGAGGACGCUGCCCGGCGGGGGCCAGUGCGUCGUGCCUGUCUGCAGGCGCCCCUGCGGGGGGCGCUUCUGCUCGCCGGACCUGAGCACCUGUGCAGACCGGACGCUGGCCCCGCCGCGGGCUGAGCCAAGGCGAGCGGGGUGCAGUGUGAGCUGCAUGAACGGGGGCAGCUGCCGCGGGGACACCUGCCUGUGCCAGGGAGGCUACACGGGCACCGUGUGUGGGCAGCCCAUCUGUGACCGCGGCUGCCACAACGGGGGCCGCUGCGUCGGGCCCAACCUCUGCGCCUGCGUGUACGGCUUCCUGGGUCCUCAGUGUGAGCGAGACUACCGGACGGGACCCUGCUUUAGCCGAGGGGGCCCCGAGGGGUGCCAGCACCAGCUGACCGGCCUCAUGUGCACCAGAGCACUUUGCUGCGCCACUGUAGGCCGGGCCUGGGGCCUCCCGUGCGAGCUCUGCCCUCCGCAGCCACACCCCUGCCGCCGCGGCUUCCUCCUCAAUAUCCACACGGGGGCCUGCCAAGAUCUAGAUGAGUGUCGCAGCGUCCCCAGCCUCUGCUUCGGGGGCGACUGCACCAACACGGUCGGGAGCUACGUGUGCACCUGUCCCCGAGGCUUUGCCAGCAGCCUGGACGGCACCCGCUGCCUGGACCUCCGCGGCGGCACCUGCUUCUCGGUGGUAUUUGGGGGUCGCUGUGCUGCGGACCUCGCUGGCCACUACACUCGCAGGCAAUGCUGCUGUGACAAGGGCAGGUGCUGGGCGGCUGGCUCGGCCCCGGAGCUGUGUCCCUCCAGGGGCUCUGAUGAAUUCCAGCGGCUGUGUGUCCAGGAGCCGCCGCCUUCCCACGUGGGUCCUUUCCCUGGUCUCCCCGGCUUUCGGUCCAACAGCAGGGGUCCUGCCCUGGGGCCUGCACGACACAGCCCCUACGGAUCCAGUGGGCGUGGGGUCCCCCGCCUGGGCCCCGUUAACCCCCGCAUCGGUACGGCGGCCCUGAACGAGACCAUCGACGCCUGCCGCCACUUCACCAACCUGUGUCUCAACGGCCGCUGUGUGCCCACCCCUUCCAGCUACCGCUGCGAGUGCAACGUGGGUUACUCCCAGGACGUGCGGGGCCAGUGCAUCGAUGUGGAUGAGUGUGUCGUCGGCGGUGGCCUCUGCCACCUGGGCCGCUGCGUCAACACGGAGGGCAGCUUCCGGUGUGUGUGCAGUGCGGGCUUCGAGCUGGGCCCGAGCGGCAGGAACUGCGUGGACAUCAACGAGUGUGCCCUUGACCCUGAGGCCUGCACCAACGGUGUGUGCAAGAACCUGAACGGCGGCUACCGGUGCAUCUGUAACCCGGGUUACGAGGCAGGCGCCACGGGCAAGGACUGCACUGACAUCGACGAGUGUGUGUCCAGCCCGUGCGUGAAUGGUGUGUGCCGGAACCUGGCGGGCUCCUACACCUGUGAAUGUGCCCCGGGGCACCGGCUGGGGCCCUCGGGAGCCGUGUGCCUAGACAAUACCAAGGGGACCUGCUGGCUCCAGAUGCAGGACGGGCACUGCGAGGUGAACCUGCAGGGAGCCUCUCUGCGGUCCGAGUGCUGCGCUACCCUAGGGGCCGCCUGGGGGAGCCCCUGCCAGCGCUGCGACCCGGACCCCGUGUGUGCACGCGGCUUCGCCCGCGGGGAGGGUGUCACCUGCGAAGAUGUGAAUGAGUGCGGGUCCUUCCCGGGCGUGUGUCAGAGCGGGCGCUGCGUCAACACCGAGGGCUCCUUCCGCUGCGAGUGUCCCCAGGGGCUGGUGCUGGACGCCUCGGGCAGGCUGUGUGUGGAUGUGAGAAUGGAGCUGUGCUUCCUGCCCUGGGACAAGGAUGGCUGUGGGGUCCCCCUGCCCGGCACGUACCGCAUGGAUGUCUGCUGCUGCUCCGUGGGGGCCGCGUGGGGAGCCGCGUGCGAGAUGUGCCCGGAGCCCGGCUCCCGGGAGUUUGCCAGGCUGUGUCCCCAAGGGCCCGGCUUCUCCGGCCACGACUUCCUGUCCGGCCGGCCCUUCUACAAAGACGUGAAUGAGUGCAGGGCGUUCCCCGGACUCUGCACCCACGGCACCUGCCAAAACACAGUGGGCAGCUUCCGCUGCUCCUGUGCCAGCGGCUUCACCUUGGAUGCCCAGGAGAGGAACUGCACAGACAUUGAUGAGUGUCGCAUCUCCCCCGACCUCUGCGGCCAGGGCACCUGCGUCAACACCCCGGGGAGCUUCCGGUGCCAGUGUUUCCACGGCUACGCCAGCAGCUCCCCACUGCUGAGGAGCUGUGUGGAUGUGGAUGAGUGUGCAGGGGACCCACUACUGUGCCGGGGAGGCACCUGCACCAACACAGAGGGGAGCUUCGAGUGCCAGUGUCCCCCUGGGCACGUGCUGACAGCCCAGGGCACUGCCUGUGAGGAUGUGGACGAGUGCUCGCUGAGCGGCAGCCUGUGUCCCCAUGGCCGGUGCGUCAACGUCAUCGGCUCCUUCCAGUGCUCCUGCCUCGCCGGCUUCCGGGCCACGCCUGACCGCCGGGGCUGCGUGGAUACCGACGAGUGCGGAGUCCGGAACGGUGGCUGUGAGGUGCACUGCGCUAACACCGAGGGCAGCUUCCAGUGUGGCUGUGGACGGGGCUACGCGCUGCUGCCCGACGGCAGGGCGUGCGCAGAUGUGGACGAAUGUGAAGAGAACCUGGACAUCUGCGGCCAGGGGCAGUGCACCAACGUGCUGGGAGGCUACCGCUGCUCGUGCUACCGCGGCUUCACAGCCACACUGGACAUGAAGACGUGUGUUGAUGUGAAUGAGUGUGACUUGAACCCCCACAUCUGUCUCCAUGGCAACUGUGAGAACACAGCCGGAUCCUUUGUCUGCCACUGCCAGCUGGGCUACAUCACCGGGAAGGAGGCCACGGGCUGCUCUGACGUGGACGAAUGUGAGCUUGGGGGACACGACUGUGACAGCCACGCCUCCUGCCUCAAUUUCCCCGGGAGUUUCAGCUGCAGGUGCCAGCCAGGCUGGGCAGGGGACGGCUUCGAAUGCCAGGACCUGGACGAAUGCGCCGCUCAGGACCACCGGUGCAGCCCGAGAGCCAACUGCCUCAAUGUCCCCGGCUCCUACGGCUGCACCUGUCACCAGGGAUUCGCCGGGGACGGUUUCUCCUGCGAAGACAGGGACGAAUGUGCCGAGGACAUGGACCUCUGUGAGAACGGGCAGUGCCUCAAUGUCCCUGGCGGGUACCGCUGUGAAUGCGAGAUGGGCUUCAGUCCCACCGAAGACCUCGGAGGAUGCCAGGAUGUGGACGAGUGCGCGCUCGGGAACCUCUGCGCCUUUGGGAGCUGUGAGAACCUGCCCGGCCUGUUCCGCUGCGCAUGUGCAGACGGCUACGAGCUGGACCAAGGGGGCGGCAACUGCACGGACAUAAAUGAGUGUGCGGACCCCGUGAACUGCAUCAACGGCCUCUGCGUCAACACCGCCGGGGGCUACCUCUGCCACUGCCCCCAGGACUUCGAGCUGAACCCCAGCGGGGUGGGCUGCGUGGAUCCCCGGGCCGGGAGCUGUUUCCUGGACACGCACGACCGCGGGGAUGGGGGCCUCUCCUGCGGUGCCGAGGUCGGAGUCGGUGUCACCCGAGCCUCCUGCUGCUGCUCCCUGGGCCGGGCGUGGGGCGCCCCCUGCGAGCUGUGCCCGAUGGCCAACUCCACUGAGUACAGAACUUUGUGCCCGGGUGGUGAGGGCUUCCGGCCCAACCCCGUCACUGUCAUUCUGGAAGACAUUGAUGAGUGCCAGGAGCUGCCGGGGCUGUGCCAAGGAGGCCACUGUGUCAACACCUUCGGCAGUUUCCAGUGUGAGUGCCCAGCCGGGUUCCACCUGCAUCAGGACACGCGCAUCUGUGAGGAUAUCGAUGAAUGCUCUGUACACGCGGGCAUCUGUGGCCCUGGCAUGUGCUACAACACCCUGGGGAACUACACCUGCAUCUGCCCCGUAGAGUACCUGCCAGUCAACGGAGGCAACCGCUGCGUGGACAUGAGGAAGAGCAUCUGCUUCCGGCACUAUAAUGGCACCUGUGGGAACGAACUGGCCUUGAACGUGACCCGGAAGAUGUGCUGCUGCGCCUACAACAUCGGCCAGGCCUGGAAUAGACCCUGCGAGGCCUGCCCCAGCCCCGCCAGCCCCGACUACCAGGUCCUGUGUGGGAAUCAAGUCCCAGGCUUCACUGUCGAUGUCCACACGGGGAAGCUCAUGGACAUUGACGAGUGUGGGGAGAUCCCGGCCGUGUGCACAGACGGCGUCUGCGUCAACCAGAUCGGAAGCUUCCGCUGCGAGUGCCCCUUGGGCUUCCAGUACAACAGCGCCUUGCUGGCCUGCAGAGAUGUGGACGAGUGUGCCGGCAGGGAGAGGGUCUGCCACAGCAACGCAGAGUGUGUCAACAUCCCGGGCAGCUACCGCUGCCAGUGCGCCCCGGGAUUUAGGCUGUCACCCAGUGGGACCUGCGUGGGACCGCCCUUCUCCCACCCAGACACGGACGAGUGCGCUGCGGGGCAGCCCUGCGGGGAAGGCACGUGCACCAACGUCAUCGGGGGCUUCGAGUGCGCCUGUGCGGACGGCUUUGAGCCCGGCCCCGGGGCUGCCUGUGAGGACAUCGACGAGUGCUUGCUGAACCCGCUGCUCUGCGCCUUCCGCUGCCGCAACACCGAGGGCUCCUAUGUGUGUGCCUGCCCGGCUGGCUACGCCCUGCGCGAGGACGGGGCCACGUGCCGAGAUGUGGACGAGUGUGCAGACAGUUCCAAGGACUGCCACAGCCGUGGCAUGCUGUGCAAGAACCUCAUUGGCUCCUUCACGUGCAUCUGCCCUGUCGGCAUGCGGCCCCAGCCCGGCUCCGGGGAGGGCUGUGCAGAUGAGGACGAAUGCCAUACCCAGCCCAGCAUCUGUAUCCACGGUGAAUGCGUCAAUACUGUGGGCAGCUUCCGGUGUGACUGUCAGGAGGGCUUCCAGCCCAGCCCGACCCUCACUGAGUGCCACGAUGUCCGGCAGGGGCAGUGCUUCUCCGAGGUGCUGCAGGCUGCAUGCCCAGUCCACUGGAGCAGGGGCGAGGCUGUGACCAAGGCCGUGUGCUGCUGCGGAAGUGGCCGGAGCUGGGGACCCAGCUGCGAGCUCUGCCCCUUGCCUGGCACCUCUGCCUACAAGAAGCUGUGUCCCCACGGCUCAGGCUACUCUGCUGAGGGACAAGAUGUGGACGAGUGCCGUGUGCUUGCACACCUGUGCCCCCACGGCGCGUGCAUCAACAGUAUCGGCUCAUUCCACUGCCACUGCCAGGCCGGGUACAUGCCAGACGCCACCGCCACUGCCUGCCUGGAUGUGAACGAGUGCAGCCAGGACCCCAAGCCGUGUUCCUUUGUCUGCAAAAACACAGAGGGCAGCUUCCUGUGCUCCUGCCCCCGGGGAUACCUACUGGAGGAGGACGGCAGGACCUGCAAAGACCUGGACGAGUGCUCCGCCCGGCAGCACAACUGCCAGUUCCUGUGCAUGAACACCAUUGGUGCCUUCGCCUGCCGCUGUCCCCCGGGCUUCACUCAACGCCGCCAGGCCUGCUUCGACAACAAUGAGUGCUUGGCACAGCCCAGCCCAUGUGGUGCCCAUGGCCGCUGCCUCAAUGCCCCAGGCAGCUUCCGCUGUGAUUGCUACCAAGGCUUCACUCUGGACAGCUCAGGCCAUGGCUGCAAAGACAUAGAUGAGUGUGACGGACCCCAUCGCUGCCGCCAUGGCUGUCAGAAUGAGGUGGGGGGCUACCGCUGCAGCUGCCCCCGGGGCUUCACCCAGCACUCCCAGUGGGCACAGUGUGUAGAUAAGAACGAGUGUGCUGUGUCACCCACGGCCUGCGGCAGUGCCUCCUGCCACAACACCCUUGGUGGCUUCCACUGUGUCUGCCCCUCUGGCUUUGACUUUGACCAGGCCCUCGGGGGCUGCCAGGAUGUGGACGAGUGCGCCGGGCAGGGCAGCCCCUGCAGCUACGGCUGUGCCAACACUGCGGGCGGCUUUCUGUGCGGCUGCCCCCGAGGCUACUUCCGGGCUGGGCAAGGGCACUGUGUCUCCGCCUUGGGCUUCAGCCCUGGACCCCAGGAAGCCCCAGAUGAGGAGCCACUCUCUCCAGAAGCCUGCUAUGAAUGCAAGAUCAACAGCCUCACCACUCGGGACCGGCCCCGGCGCAGUGCCCACAGGGGCCACCAGGUGAGCAUGGCCACCCUCGAUGCCGCAGUCCCCCUGACCUUGGGCCUGAACCUCUCACGCCUGAGCCAGGCCGAGCACAUCCUGGAGCUGCGGCCAGCUCUGCAGGGUCUGGGAGGCCGAGUCCGAUAUGUCAUCGCCCGUGGCAACGGGCAAAGUUUCUUCCGCAUGCAGCACCGCAGCAACCUCAGCUCCCUGCAGCUGGGGCGGCGGAGGCCGCGGCCUGGAAGGUACCAGCUGGAGGUGGUGAGCAUGGCAGGGGCCUGGGGCAUCCGGCAGGGACCCCAGGGCCGGGCCCUGCGGCUGAAGGUGCAAUUGCAGCUCCUCUAGUUGGGAGGAGCCUCAGUGCAUGCCGGAGCUCCAGCUCUGGUGGAUUCUGGAACUAGGGUGACUGCUCCUCAGCAACGUUGGGUGACCAGGUCAAACCCCGAAACUCAGGAAGAGUGGCACGCUACACUAUGACCUCAGACGAGCCCAGCCUGUGCCCACGCCCUCUGCGGCAGCCCAGGAAACCCCAACACUCGUCUUUCCUGGAGACAUCGAGACGCUGCCUGUGCCUCCUUCAUUCCAGGCCAGCGAGGGUCCCCGUGGUCACGGCCUCUGGUCAAUCUCAGGCUUAAACCUCUGUACUGCACUGUGGCUCCCCGCCCCCCACCAGGGGCUGGCAGGACAUCGGGAUAGGUGGCUGGGGUGGGCGAGGGCCUUGUCCCUCCGGGCAGAAAAGGGAGCCCCAGCGCGCCCAAAAUCAGUGACUCACUGCUCAUUCUCCUGGGGCCUGGGCUAGGGUUCUGGGGGUGCUUUUAUAUCCAAAGUGGAGACAGCAAUAAAGUUAUUUUGG